UAGGUGGUAUUCACGUGACGUCACGGAAGAGCAGUCUGGCGGGCGCUGUAGCGGAAAGGGCACAAGCUGCGUUGGCCACUAUGAAACCGCCAUAUUUUUGGGGAGUCGGUGUCAACAAAGCCUAUCUCCGCUGUUGAAGCGCUGACGAUGUGUGUGUUUUUUUUACUUUAGGAGGAGUCACUAAAGUGCCUAUCUCUUGCAACUUUGCAAGCAUGAAUGCCAGCCCCUCAUUAAUGCACUUAAGCACGUACGCGCAGAAUUUAGAGUCCGGUGCGAAGGUGCGCUACGUCGAGAAAGUGGAGCUUUGCGGUGGCGUCGAUCCACUUAUGCUUACUGGCAAAGAGGCGUCAUUUGAUCUCGCGCUCGUACCCAAGGUAGAACUUUCUGAUAUUAAGGACUACCUUGUGCACGCUACAAGCUUCAUAACUCACGAACAGCUGAAAGCAAGAAAAUCCCUGGAGUCGCACAACUAUUUGACCAGCGGCUUUGUUCAAGAACCCCAGCUGAGAAGACACGGCGAGCACGUCAUUGUGCGCACGAAGGUAAAUCACUCCCAGGCAAUUUCCACUCAGCCACUCGAGCCAUGGCUUCUUGUCAAGCAGGAUGGAAUGGUCAAAGCUGCACACUGCACGUGUAUGGCGGGUCUCGGCGAAGCCUGCUCACACAUUGGUGCACUGCUCUUCUAUUUAGAAGCAGCUUCAAACUUUCGUGAUGGUCAGGCUUGCACUGAUAAGGAAAAUGCAUGGCUGCCUCCAUACUCAAGUACUGUGCCUUGUGCGCCACUUGCACACAUCGACUUUGCGUCAGCUACCACCAAGAAAAGGCGGCUAGAUGGACAUCGAUCAUCAUCCUCAAAGAAACCAGCCACCACUAUUGAGAGGCCUUCACAGUGCGAAUGGAAGGGCUUUCUCGACAGAAUUAAGAAGGCUGGCAAAUAUUCUGCAGUGUUGGCACUGAAAAAGGACUAUUGCGAGGAGUUCAUUCCUGUGCAAGUGAAGCACUCCACUGCUCUUCUCGGACACUUGGCAAGAGACAAGCCAUUGUCAAGGGAUGCGAUGCUGGAGGAGUGCGAAAUGUUUGCCCAGGCGUAUGUUGUAGAGCCAAAGGUCUGUAAAGAUGUGGAAGCGGCAACGAGAGGUCAGUCGGCCUCACCAACAUGGUUCGCCUUCAGAGCAGGCCGGGUCACAGCAUCGACAGCCCACGCAGCUUGCCGAACGACUUUGACUCAGCCAUCUGUGAGCCUGGUUAAGAAGAUCUGCUACCCGGAGGAGAGCAAGUUUUCUUCUCCUGCAACUAAUUGGGGUCUGCGCAAGGAGGACAUUGCCAGGAACCAAUACGUUGCUGAAGCAUCCAGCCAGCACAAAGAGUUUGUUUGCAACAAGUCUGGAUUGCAUAUUAGUUCACAUGAGCCCCACAUGGCAGCAAGCCCAGAUGGCCUGAUUUCUUGUGCCUGCUGCCAAGAUGGCGUUUUAGAAAUUAAGUGCCCAUAUUCAGCUGCUUGUGUAAAGGACGUUGUGACCCAGAAAAGUUGCUGCUAG